CAGCAGCAGCAACAACAACAACAACAGGCUCAUCAGCAGCAAGGGCAACAACAGCAAAGGCGCGAGGGGGGUGGCCACCCCCUUAAUGGAUCGGCUAAUGGAAAUGUUGGAAAUGACCCUCUGAUGAGACAAAAUACCGGUGGGACCGCGAAUGCGAUUGCAACGAAGAUGUAUGAAGAGAAUUUGAAGAGGGAUUCUAUGGAGGAUGCUGCUUUGAAGCAAAGGUUUGGUGAUAAUGUGGGCCAGCUUUUGGAUCCGAAUCAUGCAUCGAUCUUGAAAUCAGCUGCAGCCUCUGGCCAGCCAACUGGGCAAAUGUUGCAUGGUGCUGCUGGUGGAAUGUCUCCACAAGUUCAAGCACGAAGCCAGCAAUUUCCAGGGUCUACAGCAGAUAUCAAAACUGAAAUUAAUCCCAUCCUGAAUCCAAGAGCUGCGGGCCCUGAAGGAUCACUGAUUGGAAUCCCUGGGUCGAAUCAAGGAAAUAACAAUUUGACGCUCAAAGGCUGGCCUUUAACUGGUCUCGACCAGCUUCGUUCUGGGUUACUCCAACAGCCAAAGUCAUUCAUGCAAGGACCUCAGUCCUAUCAUCAGUUACAGAUGCUGACACCUCAGCACCAGCAGCAGCUAAUGCUCGCCCAGCAGAGUCUUUCUCCAUCUGCAAGUGAUGCCGAGAGCCGAAGGUUGAAAAUGCUUCUUAAUAACCGAAGUUUCUCUAUGGGUAAAGAUGGGCUCUCUAAUUCGGUUGGUGAUGUGGUUCCUAAUAUGGGGUCCCCCUUGCAAGCUGGUGGCCCGGUUUUGCCUCGUGCAGAUACCGAAAUGCUAAUGAAGUUGAAAUUUGCGCAAAUGCAGCAUCAACAGCAGCAGCAGAACAGUAAUCAAUCACACCAGCAGCAACUUCAGCAACAUGCACUCUCUGGUCAACAGCCUCAGAGUUCGAAUCACAAUCUACAGCAAGAUAAGAUUAUGGGUAGUGGCAGUGUCACUGGUGAUGGUAGCAUGUCCAAUUCCUUCCGAGGAAAUGAUCAGGCUUCAAAAAGCCAGGUUGGAAGAAAGAGAAAGCAACCUGUAUCUUCUUCGGGCCCCGCUAACAGCUCUGGGACAGCAAAUACAGCUGGGCCCUCUCCAAGUUCGGCUCCAUCAACUCCUUCAACUCAUACACCGGGAGAUGUGAUGUCAAUGCCUGCCUUGCCACACAGUAGCAGCUCCUCAAAGCCUCUGAUGAUGUUUGGGUCUGAUAACACUGGCACUCUCACUUCACCAUCAAAUCACUUGUGGGAUGAUAAGGACAUCGGGCAAGCUGAUAUGGAUCGUUUUGUGGAUGAUGUUGAGGACAAUGUGGAGUCCUUUCUGUCCCAUGAUGAUGCUGACCCACGAGAUGCGGUUGGCCGCUGUAUGGAUGUUAGCAAAGGGUUUACAUUCACGGAAGUGAAUUCUGUUCGUGCUAGUGGAAGUAAAGUUGCAUGCUGCCACUUCUCAUCAGAUGGAAAACUGCUCGCCAGUGGUGGACACGACAAAAAGGCGAGUGUCGGGAUUGAGCAACGUUGUUCGCAAAUAAGUGAACCAAAUAUACAAUUGCCCCUUUUCUUGCUGCUCACUAAAUGCCAUUUUAACUAAUGUUCAUUUUUUGCUAGUAAUGAAGUUUUCUUGAAAUUAAUGCAGGCUGUUUUAUGGUACACGGAUUCUCUGAAGCCGAAAACUACACUUGAGGAACACUCUUCCCUUAUUACUGAUGUCCGUUUUAGUCCUAGCAUGGCCCGCCUUGCCACAUCAUCUUUUGAUAAAACUGUCAGAGUCUGGGAUGCAGAUACUCCUGGCUACUCACUUCGUACGUUUACUGGACACUCUGCUGGCGUGAUGUCAUUGGAUUUUCAUCCCAAUAAAGAUGACCUCAUCUGCUCGUGUGAUGGGGAUGGUGAAAUAAGAUACUGGAGUAUUACUAAAGGAAACUUCACCAGAGUUUUCAAGGGUGGGACGACCCAGGUUAGAUUUCAGCCUCGUCUUGGAAGAUACCUUGCAGCUGCUGCUGAGAAUGUAGUUUCAAUACUUGAUGCAGAGACAACCACUUGUCGCCAUUCAUUAAAGGGCCACACAAAAACUAUUCAUUCCAUUUGCUGGGAUUCGUCUGGCGAGCUGGUUGCAUCUGUUAGUGAGGACUCGGUUAGGGUUUGGACUAUGCGGUCCGGAAGUGAAGGCGAAUGCUUGCAUGAGCUGAGUUGUAAUGGAAACAAGUUCCAUUCCUGUGUUUUCCACCCUACAUAUUCAUCCUUGCUCUCUUUGGAGCUUUGGAAUAUGAGUGAGAACAAGACAAUGACCCUCUCAGCUCAUGAAGGCUUAAUUGCAUCAUUAGCUGUGUCGUCUGUUGCUGGCUUGGUUGCGUCUGCAAGUCACGACAAAAUCGUCAAACUUUGGAAGUGAUUUUAUUUAUAUGUAAUUCCAUUUCAUGUUUCAGAGUUUUUAUUUAUGGGACCUCCAAAAGAGUGACUUCACUUUCUAGGUGACCAACUGAUGUUGCUCUGUUGCUUAUGAUGCUCUACUGUUGCUGGCUUUAAUAUGUUUAAACAGUGUUGAACAUUUUAUUACUUUUUAUUUUUUUUUUUUNU